AUGGCAACAAGCAACAGUAGAGAAGAACGAAGAAGGAAAAUCAUGGCAAGAGGGUCCGAUCGUCUGGCCCUCAUCACUGGCAAAAGCCCUAGCCUUCCUUCUGAUCAUGAUCCGCCCAAUCAGUCAUCCCCACUAACACUCUCUUCAGAUCAUCAUCCCAACCCACUAAAAGAUGCCGGUUCACUUGAUGCCUCUGGCUUCACAUUGCUGAAACGUGACACAGGUGUGAAGGUUUCAGGGGAAAAUAGAUAUGAUGAAAUUGUAAACCAAAUUGAACACCAACAUGACACUAGUAAAGAAGCUUCUGCUGUAGAAGACAUGACCAAAUCAGAGCCAUGGCCGGCGACAUUGAUAGCUGAAACACCAUUAAAUGACACACAGCCUGUCCCAAAACCAAGCAGGAUUAAUCAACUUAAUCUUUUCUCUUGCAAACAAGUGAAUUCCUGCAUAAUCGCUUCGCAAAAUACUCGAAGCUUUUGUGCUCUCAUCAUAGCCCUUUUGGUAGUUCUGUCAUACAUUGAUUAUCCAUAUUUUGGAAUGAAUAUAGUGAGAUCAGAAGGGAUUGUGGCCUCAAGGCCUCUUUACAUUCUCUUGCUAACCGAUGUGACAAUUGUGCUUGCACAAUUGUAUCUCGAGGAGCGAACGCAUUCGGAAGAAGCUGAGAAAGAAAAAGUGAUACCUCAGGAAGAAAAGCAUAACUUGAUACAAGCAAUUCAAAUUAUGGAGAAAGGCUUGGUGGUGUACCAGAGUAUCUGGGCAGUUUUCAUUGAUUUCAGUAUUUAUGUUGUGGUUGUUGUUUGUGGCCUCUCUUUAGUGUAGCUUCUGUUAUAAUGUUGUU